UUGUGUAAAUCUAGACAGUAAUGCCCUGCCGAUAAUUCACGGUGCCUCGUAAAAAGUCGGCAUUAAAGCGCCCCGGGCCUACAAAUCACCGGCGCCAAAUUAUGAAUACGCUGGACUUCACCAACGCGCUGUUUUCCAAAUACCAACAAACCGCUGCGAGCCGCUCCGCUCUUAUCUUCAGAGAUUCUUCAACUUAUUCCUUCCCGACUUCCUCUGCUGCUCCUGUCGUGUCUUCUUCGUGCGCACUCGUGUCCAGCGGAUAUCACCUCCAUGUCUCCAGUGAGAGAGGCGGUGAGGAGCUCCCUCUCCCUCCCUCCUCGGUUUCUUCAUCUCCUUCCUCCUCCUCUUUUGCCCUCUCCUCUUCUUCCUCAGCGUUCUGUUUGUCUCUUUCGGGACUGAACCGCUGUAGCGGGAGAAUUCAGCCCUGUUCGCAACCUUUCAACCCCGCCCAAGUUCGCGCAGGGGGGGCAUGUAGCGUGCCGGGAGACGGGUCGCUGAGCUCCUCUCCGCAGGGAUGCACCGUGGAGCGGUUCCCCGGUCGGCCUCAGCUGUGCUCACUGACCAGACUCCCUGAGCCGGCCUGCAGGAGGCAGAGUUGGCCAGAGCAGCAGCAGUUGGACGACAAGGAACUACGGAUUUACCCCUGGAUGAGAAGCUCAGGUGCAGACAGGAGGCGCGGGCGGCAGACGUACACGCGUCACCAGACGCUCGAGCUGGAGAAGGAGUUCCACUUCAACCGGUACCUCACGCGGCGGCGGAGGAUAGAGGUCGCGCACGCGCUCUGCCUCACGGAGCGGCAGAUCAAGAUCUGGUUCCAGAACCGGAGGAUGAAGUGGAAGAAGGAGAACAAGGAGAGCGGCUCUCCAACAGCUGGUUUACCGACGGCUGAAUAUGAAGAAGAAGAGGAGGAGGAGGAGGAGGAGGAGGAGGAGGAGUGAUGACUCGAUUGGACAUUUUAAGCAUACAGCUGCUUUUUCAACUCUUAUUUCUCGAAUUACAUUUUUACUAUAGUGAUGUAGAGAUAAAAGAAAUAAAGAAGUGAUUUUUGCCUUGCAGUCAGGUCAUCAUCCUGCAAAGAAACAUUUUAAAUUACAGGCAUUGCUAUGAGCAAUCUAUGCGCAACUUACACCAAUCUCAUUAUUUCACUGUAGAGUUUACAGUUAGAUACAUUUAGCUCAGGCUAACGAAAAGUAGAUUAGCUCAAGUGGUUAAACCACCAACUUCCACCGUGUAAACAACAGAUUUUAGAGCUGCUCAUAAAGCUAGUGUUUAGCUCCUUAUCAGAACGGGGACAGAAGUCAGGCUUUUGCUUUAAAUAAAUUUCUUUCAAUUUUUUCCAUUAAUAAAAUAGAAAUAACUGAAAUGUAUUGAUGCUGAUAUGAAGUAUUAGGCUCCUCUUAAAGACCCCGCUCUAUUGCACCACAUAACCCUUCCUCUCUUGUUGAAGGCUGGAGGUCCUCAUACAGUAGUGUCCGUAUGACGUGAUAACACCGCACCCAUCUGAUCUGCAGCAGAGGGGGACAGAAUAGAAUGAAACAGCAGCACUUCUGGUUCCUGUGGGUACAAAGCUGAACAUCAGUGUUAGCCAUGCCUACAGUAGCAGUGUGGAAUUUGAUUUUAGGGUUAAGCCUACUGGAAUAUUACCACUGUGCUCCACUCAGUAUUCAAAGCAAUCACAAAUUGUCACUUUUUUUUAUCAUUAAUUGAAUAAUUUUAUUGUAUUUUCUGUAAAUACGAUCUCCAUUAUAUUCUGAAUGGGUUUUUACAUGUUGUGGUGUAUAAUUUUUGUGAAAAACCCCUCCUCAUUUAUUUAAUUUUAUACGUAAAACUGUUCCAAAUCACACAAAUAUCUAAAUCAGCCUGAAAAUAUGACCUCUGUGUGCUCAAUAGUCGCUACAGCUCUGACUGUCACCAGGUUGUCUCAGUGUUUUAAGCAAGAAUAUGGGUUUGAUAAUGUCUCUGUUUGUUUAUAUUCAGUGAUAACGCUGCUAACCCAAAGGUAAACAUUGUGUGCAAGAGAGUACACUGAGUUAAAUGGAGGGGAAUGUUUGACAAUAGUCAGCCAAUGACUUCUUGUUUGUUGUGUGUUUGUUUGUACAUGAGGUCUAGCUUUUGUAUUCUAGCUUUCUCUUGGAAUAAUUAUAUGCUUAAAUAAGUGCUAUUUGUCUUUAGUUUCUUUAUUUGCUCCUGUGUUUUCAUGUUGCCUUAGACACAGUACAUGUUCACAUUAUAAUGCACAUGUAAAUAAUAAUUAAAAAAAACUUUAACUGGAAUGUGUUUUGUCUGUUCGUAUCCCUUUCAUGGAAUACUUUUAGAUAGCAGCUUUUAGGAUCUUCAUAGUUUUGUUGGAAAAUAAAACAUAGAAAUAAUAAGACUACAGCCACUUUCAAAAAAAAAAAAGAAACAGAAUAUAGACAGUUUAGAACAAGUCAUCAUUAAAUGUCUGAGACAAUAACUAUGGGAGCACUUAGUUAAUCUGGCAAUGCUCCACUUACAUUUAGUUUCCAUCUUUCAGCCAGUGUUGGAAAGAAUGAGGCAAAACAGCAAAUUCAUGUUUGGAUUAUUGUCAAAUUCCUAGAAUAGAUGUGGCAUACAUUUUAUUCAUGACAUAUCCAACAGAUGUGGGAUAUCUCAGUUUGGAUCACCCUCUCUGACCAGAGGACAUUUAUAUAGAUAUACAAAGAAAUCACAUGUACAAAUACAAAUGUGAAUACAAUUUGUGACAGAUGUUUGAUUUUUACAUGUAAAUAUGCCUGAUAAAAAAUGCCAAAGCAACAUCCAAAAAUGUUGUGUGUUUUACAUAAAAAUGUUAUUUGUGUUGCACAUGUUGGAGAAAAAAAACAACAAAAAAAAAACAAUGUAAUGUCAAACUUAAAUUGAAAUGCCCACAUGUGGACCUUUCUGACAAGUUUGGCACUCUGAACUCCAACGGUUUCUCUUCACAAUUUAAAAUGUUUUGUUACUUGAUAUGCCAGAUUCUACUGAAAUGCUCUCCCAUCAGAAAAGAGACUUUUGCACACACACACACACACACACACAGACUGCAGCAGGAGCAUUAUUAAGUUCUAACCAUCCUCACUUUGACUUGAGAGUGUAAUCAUGAGUUUCACAGAUUAUAAACCACAGUAAUGAGUGCCAAUGUGCUCUUGAAACAUCCUCACCUUGUUUACAGGUUUGAAUAUAUUAACAGGCUUUUACCCCCCACUGUUACAGAUAAUGGCAAGAUAACAUUCAAAGUUUCAGUAUUUACACUUGGAGCCUUAUUUAGCAGUGAUGCACUCAGAGUAUGGGCUCCAAUCCCCACCUUAAAAUAAAUAAAUAAAAACGAAAAACUACAUAUAUGACCUAUAAAUUAUAAACAAGAUCUCAUCUGCGAGUUUUGGAUUAAAUAUUCCAGCUGCACUGCAGACUGUUUAACAUGUACAUCACAUGGGUGGGUGACUAAAUGUUUAACAGUGAAAAAUGAAAAUGAAGGUAUAAUCCUUUAAUCAUGUUAUCUGGUACUCAAAUCAUAAGAAUAUGGAUAUUUAUAUUAUUAUUUUUAAAUGAAAGCUCACGAUGACGACAAUGAGAUGCGGUUAAACAUACCAAAACAUAUUUUUGUUGGACUGAUUACACAUUACGUUAUUUUUUUAUUUUCUCUCAUAUACGUGUCUGUAUUUAUUUCGUCAGGUAGCGCGUUGUGAAAUAAUCGAACGAUGAACAUGUUGUGACGAAGACUGCGUAAAUAAAAUGCUAUAUCUGGGCUUAAGUGUCUGAAUAGGUUACACAAAAUGGAUAUAAUGCCAAAUUUCAUAAGUUAGUACACUGGCAUAUUACCCCACUGCUGUGAACUGUACCAGCACAUGACAUUUUGUUUUCUAUCACCAAUUUCAUAAUCGAUACAGAAAAAUCUAAAUCAGUAUAGUCUGAAAAUGUUCUCCUGGCCAACCUGGCGGAGAUAAGGUAAAGGAACUGAUUUCUGUCAGAGAACGAAGUCUCCUUUUAUGAAAUGUUCCUGUGGAAACUAUAAAUACAUAAAUUAAAAAAAAAAAACAGAAGGUUGCCUGACUUCUAGUGAAGGGAAUUUUUAACAUUUCAUUGAUUCAUUCAUUAUCUUUGAAGAUCCCUCUCUUCUUGUGCUUUAAACCAAGUAGCCUACUGUAGGCUACUAUCUCCAGACCGACAGACACCUUCACACCUCCCAGCUCCUUCAUUACAAACUCCCGAGCUGCGGGCAGUUUCCCCGCGUUUUACCUGAGGAAGCUCUGCGUGCUGAAAGAUCCAGGUCUGCUCCAUUUGAGCUGCAAAAGCUCUCACCAAAUCCAAACGAAAUGUCUCAGGGUUGCCUCUGGAAGUCCUCGGCUGCCUGU